CACAUUAGUGUUCUAUUCCGAGUAGCACCGUUAUAAAAAACUUUCCUAAGUGCCACACAAUAGGAUUCAUCAUGUCCUCGAACACUUUCCGUUCAACUUAAGAAUAUCCAGAUUUUUCGUGGGAUUUCCAGAUUUUUUAAGCCCAGAUUCCCAGACAAAUAGUAAAGACCAUCUGGCAACCCUGCGUGGCAGGCCACUGAGGCCAGUGCGAGCGGCGCAGACAAACAGGAAAGCCGCCAGCGGCCAGCAGCCCCUGGCACAUACUCAGCGACGAGCCCUCUUCAACCACCACGCAAAGGCGAUGAAGCUGAUGAAGUUUGCCCUCGUGGCGGUGGCUGUGCUGGCGCUCUUUGAGGGGACGGAACAGUACUGCUCAAGGGAAAAACGAAAGUCGUGUGGAGAACCCGAGGCAUCCAUUGUCCAACUGCCGGCUCCUCGAGGCUACCAGUUUGUUCAGCCUAGAUUUGUGGAAUUGAAACAGUGCACGGGGCUAUACUGUGACCAUCCCGCUAAGAAGUGCUCGCCCAAGGAAGACCACAUCAAGAAAGUCAGGUUUGAGGUGAAUGCCUACAACGUGAGCCAAAUUGGAACAUGUGUCUUGGUGGAGGUGGAGGAACACGAAAAAUGCGAAUGUGAGUGUGCCAAACCUGACUGCCCCCAAAGAAAGAAACUCAACAGUAAAACAUGUGAAUGUGUGUGUUCACAUUCUGAUGAAAAGGAAUGCAAUCAUCGAAGAGCUAAACGAAUCCCCGUCAUGUGGCACCCAUCCGACUGUCUAUGUGUGUGUGACAUUCAUGUGGAAUGUUCAACAGGGUUUAAAAUGGAUGAAACUACAUGCAAAUGUGUUUAGAACUAGGAUGACCACAGUCGUCAACAAUCCACAGUCGAAAAUGAAGAAGAUUAACAAUAUGUUAAGAAAUAAGAAUUACGGAACAGCCUCCCCGUUCCCCUGGUAUAGGCUAAAUUUGACUUCCUUCAUCACUCCAUUUAGUUCUUCAGUCGUAAGAAAACGAACGGAAGUUGAAGAAGCCAAUGUGUGGGACGAAGAGUGAUAUAGCUGAGGUUUAGGGCCAGUUCCACAGUCCAACAGAGUCAUUGUAAGCGCCCAAACCAAACUAUAAUCUCCACAAUGAUCCGUUUUUUCUUCGCAAUACCAGAUGCUAAAGAGACUUCCCGUGUGGUCUGCUAAAAUUUAAUCCUAUUUAUAUCAAUCGCAAACACAAUACAAGGAAUUUUCGUAGUAUUUUGUGUUUGGUUGGGGAGCUUACGAACUUGCUGUGCUGGACUGUAAAACUGGCCCUUUGAGUGUGUAUUCGUUAGGUAACCAUGAACGGAGGAUUGUUCGGCGCAGCACUCAGGCCAGCCGGGUCGCUAUUCUCAGACGCUUGCACCUCCACAACAACUAUUUCCAAAGGUCGAAAAGGAAAUGAAUCGGGUUCUCAUGACGGUUUUUUUCACAUUCAUGGUACAGAAGAAGGAUCACUUUUUUUUUUUUUUUUUUUUAUGUAGCAGAGGGGUCAGUUCAAAGGCAUAAAAAAAGGUAACAAAUGUAUAAAAAAAAAAGCCCGCUAUUCACUGCUCCUAUAAAGAGUUAGAAGAGUGGCCGAAAGAUAGGUCAAUUUCGGGAGGACACCAAACUACUACUGGAAAUGCCCAAAACUGCUACGAAAGCCUUGUCAAAUAUAUUAAGUUGGGCGCCUGCAAGGUUUGAGAAUAUGGUCCCAGCUCAGCCUUACUCGGUGCCUCACGUCUUGGCGCGCCGGUUUUAAGAAGGAUGUGACAUGUUCUUGCAAAAUUACUAACUUCUCGAUGAUAUUCAGAUCAGAUCAGAUGAGAUCCCGGGAUAUGCCUUUGCAACGGCUUCCGGAAUUUAUGUUCACUACUACUGUUGUCGUGCUUCAACGCUCAUUAUCUAUAACUCUACCUUCAUGUUCAUGUGUGUGGUCCUUAGAGGUUGAAAGGGUUUGUUUCAGUGCAGAUUCAAUUAGCCUUCACUUGAAAAUGACAGUGGUAUGAAAUAAAUUAUAUAAGCAUU